AUGGCGCCCCGCACUGUUCACAACGACAGCGACCAAAGCGACAGCGACAGCGACAGCGACAGCGAUUUCGACACCGACUGGCCAUUCUACAAGGCCCAUUCGAUACGCAAAUUUGCGCGCAAGAGGUUUCCGUAUGCGGUUCAGCUGUUACCAGGACCAGACGACAUCAAGUAUCAUGUUCAGUCUGUAAAGCCGGGAACAAGCAACUACAUGAUCGGCAUUACCAUUGGUCAUAUCGGCGCAGCAGGAAGACGCGAGCCAGUCUCUGCUGUCAUGGCGCUGACUGGAGAAGUCAACUUCUACCUGACAGAGGAAAAGAAGAGACUCUCGCGCCGUGAACGUUCCGACAUUGAGUUGAUCACACCUUGGGCCUACCUUGAGAGAGGCGAAAAACAUAGCCGGUUGAGAGAGGUGUGCGCCUUGUCCGCAUGGUACCUUAUGAUUCACAACUGCGGAGUGAUUGAGCCCGUUGCGCAUUUUACACCUUGCGACACCCACAAGCUCAUCGAUCUGCACAUCGCAGUCUUGAUGGUUGGAAAUGGAAUAAGAAAGGCAGAAGGCAUCCAGGAAAAGGAUUUAAGCAUCGAAGACGUUCGCCGGCUGUGCAUCGAUGAGAUCUAUGCCCCAGACGAGUUGGACACCGGAGCAGAAGAAGGCUUAGAAGAGGAGGCAACAAGCAUUGUGGAAGACGGCAACGAGAUCACUACGGGAGGAACAGAAGGGAGCAAGAUCAUGACUCAAGCUGAACUGUUCAAGGGUCUACUCGCACUCACAGAUCCAGCGAAGAGGGGAGAGUCCGCUUCUCUUACAGCACACUGGGAGGAGAACUACGGUUCGCUCAAUUGA